GCCUUUCACACGACUUGGCAAGUUGCCUUCAUAUGAAUGAUCAAUACUCUGAAUCAGCCGUCCACCUCAGUGUCCCUUCACCCGGAAUCAUCACCUUUCUUGUCAGCAGCACUGGUCAUGCUUUCUAACUUCCCAGCUCAGAUAGCCAUGGCUGCAGCCUUCUCUGCUUCGAGUGCCUUUGAUGGUUCAAGUGUGAACUCAUCUCUUGACAACAUAAGCUCCACCACAGCAUCCUUCUUUGACAACUUCACUGAAUACCCCAGUUAUGACUACCCUCCUGACACCUUUGAGCCUUGCCGUUAUGGGCGACAUGCCGCCACUUUUCUUCCCAUCCUGUACUCCAUAUUCUUCAUCGUUGGCCUUGUGGGUAACUCUCUGGUCAUCUGGGUCAUUGUCUGUGGUGUUCGUCUGCGCAGCAUGACCGACGUAUGCCUCCUGAACCUGGCUGUCGCUGACCUUCUCCUGGUUUGUUCCCUUCCCUUCCUCGCUCACCAAGCCCGGGACCAGUGGCAGUUUGGAGAACUCAUGUGCAAAGGUGUUCUGAGUAUUUAUUACAUCGCUUUCUACUGUGGGAUCUUCUUCAUCAGUCUCAUGAGCAUCGACCGAUACUUGGCGAUAGUGCACGCUGUUUACGCUAUGAGAGCACGGACGAGGUCGUUUGGAAUGAUUGCAGCUGGUGUUACAUGGCUGGCUGGAGUUUUGGCAUCUUUCCCUGAGCUCAUCUACCUCAAACUGCAGCAUGAUGUACACAAUAUGACGUACUGCUACCCAGAUUUUCCAACAAGUUCUUCAGAUGAAUCCAGCACGGAUACAUAUCACUUCUGGAGGGUGUUCAGCCUCCUCAAAAUGAACAUUUUAGGCCUUUUAAUCCCUUUCAUCAUGAUGGUUUUCUGCUACUCUCAGAUCAUCUGGAGGCUGCUGAACAGCCGCUCCUCCAAGAAGCCGGCCAUCCGUUUAGUCGUCAUCGUGGUGGCAGUUUUCUUCUGCUGCUGGGUGCCCUACAACAUCACAGCCUUAUUCAGAGCCCUGGAGUAUCUCCAUAUUUAUGCGGGAUGUGAGAGCAGCCAAGCCAUCCUCAUAGCCCUGCAAGCCACCGAGGCCGUGGCUUACUCCCACAGCUGCCUCAACCCAUUCCUGUAUGUGUUUGUUGGGGAGAAAUUCAGGAGGCACCUGCUGAAGCUGGUCAACAGGACUCCCUGCAGACUGUGUCAGGCCAUCAAGGUGUAUCUGCCUCAGGACAGAAGUGGAUCAGCGUACUCUCAGACCACCAGCCUGGAUGAGAGGAGCACUGCUGUGUGAAGAGGAUGAAUGCGGCAAAGGUGGUUUUAUAUUGUGUUCCUAGUGUUAUUUCCUGUAUGGGCAUGCCCACAAUGACAUUUCUGUUGAAGUCAAAAAGAAGUUGAUGAAGGCAAUGCCUCUUCAGUUUUUGGGACAUUUUAAGAUAUUGAUUCUUACAGUUUUAAGUUGCUGGGUGUGCAAGUUUUAAGUUUGGCACUUUACCAAAUAACAGGGGUUAAAAAAAAAAAAAAGCGUAAUUAUUCUUUACAGACAAGUCUGUUUUGGCAGCCAUCGUCAGCCAUCUAUUAUCAUCAAAAAGAUGAUGUAUGCCUCAGAAAACAGACUAGCAAGACUUCCUUUUCCACGUGGCAUUUACAUCUACAAUAUAAAAGACGUCAUUUCUUUGUCCAUGACAUUACAUAGCAGAUCAUUCCACCUUUCAGACCACGGGAUCUUAGUUAUACUGCAGCUACAGCGCUCAAUGAGUCAGAAAAAUCCAACUUACAAUAAAGGGAUAUGAAACUUGCCAAAGAAGCAACAUUAUGAUCAAGUUAGGUAAAUGUAAAAUACAAGCUUGGUCAAGUCUGUGGCUCAAUUCAGUCAAUAAAUCCAUGAGGUUCAAUCUGUGGCUCAAUCUCUCAAGACACUUUAUGAAGAAGGCAGCUCUAGACUACUCUUUGUCAGGAUUUUCACAAAGACCCAACAUUAAUCCCCCGUGAGCUGAGCUCCAAGCAAUGUUUACCACAGUUUCUCUGGCAAGGGAAAACUUCCUUUUACCAGAUAGGAAUCAUUUUUUAAAAAAACCGACCCAAGUUGACCGGCCAUCUGCCAAAGCUAUACUGGGGUUGAAUAUAUAUAGAGGCAAAUGCAGAAAGAGCUAAGAGAUAGCUGAGGAAGAGAGAAGGGAGAGAAGCAGAGGGAGAGAGGAUGGAGAUGCAGAACAGAGAGGAGAGAAAUACAGUUAAAAGAGAAGACCGAUGCAGAAAAAGAGGAGACAAAGAUGCAGAAACAGAGAAGAGGUAGAAAUGGAGCUAGAGAAGACAAAGAUGCAUGAAGAGAAAAGUGAUAGAUGUAAAAAGUCAGGAGAGGAAGAAGCAGAAGGAGACAGAAGAGUGGAAAUACAACAAAAGAAUAGGGAGAUGCAGAAAGAGAGAGGAGGGUGAUGCAAAAUAGAGAAGAGGGAGAUGCAAGAAGAGAUGGGGGAGAUGUAGACAAGAGAGGGAGAAGCAGAUAGAGACAGAGGAUUAAAAUACAGAAAAGGGAGAAGAAGAUGCAGAAUGAAACCAGAAGGAAACAGAAAAACAGAGAAGAGGGAGAUAGAGAACAGAGGAGACAAAGAUGCAGAAAGAGAUGGGAAAGAUGUAGGAAGAAAGGAGAGAGGGAUGCAAAGAGAGAUGCAAAGUAGCAAUGAGGAGGAUGCAGAAAAAAAGACAGAUGCAGGAAGAGAGAAGAGUGAGAUGUAGGAAGAGACAGAAGAUGAAAAUAUAGAAAUAGGAGAGGGGGAUGCAGAAAAAGAGCAGUCAAAGAUGCAGAAACAGAGAACUAAUAUAUAGAGAAGGACAGAAGAGAGAGAAGUAGAAAGAGACAGAAGAUGGAAAUGCAGAAAGAGGAGAGAGAUACAGAAAAAGAGAAGAGCAAUAUGCUGAAGAGAUGGGAGAGAGAGCAGAAAAAGGAGGUAGAUGAAGAAAAAAGUGAGAUAGAGAAAAGAUAUAUCCCCAAAGCCUGCCAUAACAUGAUCGGUAAAUACAGCUCAGACGUCAAAUGUACUAAAAAUGGAAACCAGAGCACCACAUAGUGAAAUAUCCUGACCCAGCAGUCUCUGAUUCUACAUCUUUAUGUAGAAUCUGUUACAAGAGCUCAAAGAAGGUUCAUCUGGGUUUAUUUUAGGUUGAGAGACACAAACUUGAAGAGAAAAAAUCCAAAUGCAUUUGAAGUUUCUGUGAGAUCUAAAUGCAUUUGAAUCUAGUUAACACAAUUUGAAUUUCCAGGGGAGUUUAUAAUGACACAGAUGUGCACCAGCUGUUAGCAGAAGCUUAGAAAGACAGUGUGUUAAAUGUAUCAGCUGUCAAAGUGCUGCCUAAGCACCUUAAAUAAGGAUCUGGUGCUAAAAGACACAGCAGUAAUAGUGCAACUAGCUUAUGCCUAACUUGAUCAGCAUUAAAUAAUGGGAAGCAUCAUUAAAUAAAUAUGCACAUGUCCAUUUUGUCACAUUGAAUCUCUUUCAUUGCUCACAAGGCAGCUGUAAAUGUUUCUAUAAUGCGUUUCAGAGCAUGCAGCAGGUUUGCAGGCAACUUCACCCUGAAAACCCACAACCUGAAAGCGGAAGAGGAAACCCAUGCAUAACCUUUGCACACUCUGUUAGAUGUACAAAAUGUAACUGCAGCUUUUUUUUUUUUUUUUUUAGCAAUAGCACCUGUUAAAACUUGCACAACCUUUGAAGUUCAAAGAAAAACAGUCACUUGAUAACUUUUGUAUUUCUAAUGUUUUAAGUCUUUUGUUGAAAAUGCAUAUGUCAAAACUUGAAAUCUAUAUUCUGCUCUCUAUUCUUGCUUGGACAACAAUAUUAUAGACAGGAUAUUUGU